GCUGAUGGUCAUGGUGAGGGAUUUGAAAACCUACUCCAGUUAUAUGGCGAACAGUUGCUGGUACUGUGGAGAGCUACAUUACUUUGCAAACGCAUUUUGCUCUUCUCACCUCCUCCAAUUGGCAUGUUGUGCUCUAGAGUACACUGUAUAUCUCUUCUUGGAUCACACACUACGCCCGGUCUGCCUUCUCAGCUAUUGCGUCCACUAUAUUAUGUCAACAUAGCUGAUGUAGAGACACUGCAAGAACAGCAUGCCUACAUAGCAUGCACAACUGAAAAGAUAUUUGAAGAGAAGACAGGACUGUUGGACAUAUAUGUGGAUAAUCAGAAUAUUCGCAUUCCUGGCUCAAUCCGCCACUUGCUCACAAUAACUGCACAAGAUCGGAAACGACUGGCCCAGUUACAGUGUAUUGCACGAAGUUCAAGGAAUUCAGUAGAAGAAUUUAUCAACUAUUUCUCACAGUUAAAUAACAAGAUAUUUUCUACCUUGUAUAUGAUUAGUCAAAACGAUGACAAUGUAUUAAAGAGGCAUCACAUAGAAUCUAUGGGCCUUCAUCCUCAACAUGAUAGAGCUUUUGUAUCAGAAUUAGCCUUGACUCAUGGUUUUGACAUAGUGACAAGGAAGAGUUCAUGGAAGUGUUGUCCAUGUAAUUAUUGAUUAAGAUAUCAGGUAGGAUACAAUUAUAAUGCUAUUUGGUUCGGAGAAGCAUUAGAUUUUACUUUUAAGUUACGUUGUAGCAUUAUUAGGACUCUCAUCCUGGAUAAGUUUUAUAAGUAACUGGAAUAAGAUAAUACUAACAACUUGGGAUAAAAGUUGACAUUGAUAAUGACUGUGAUAAAACUUGUAUUCUCCUGUGCUGAGAAUCUAAAGGAUGUGAAUAAGAUUACAAAAUGUGAUAACAAGAAAAGAAAACCAAAGGAAUGGAUACCAGUUUAUAGUUUAUUUAUUUGUUAUGUUUGAAAGUUGUUGAAUUGUUAUGAUUAACCUCUAACCUCUAGGGGAUCUAAACAGUGACCUGCAUCUCCCUUCAAACAGUUUUCAUAAUAUCAUUUAUAUUCUCACUUUUGUGUCAAAGUUACUAAACCACUUAACCCAUCAACACUGGUAUAUUUUGAAGCCGAAAAUAAAAGAUUCCGGGCGGCUACAAAAUCGGCGCACGGGGCUGGCCCAGACUCUACCCGCUCGCCAGCCGCAGCCCACUGCUGCAUCGGACCGCGAGCCCUGAUACAGUGUCACACUGACAUAUAUGUUUAUUUUUUCGGGUGUCUCAUAUGCGGGGCACCUGUCAUUAGUGGGUUAAGAAAUUUUAACUAACCAUCAGAAUACUUGCCAAUCUUAACUCUCAACAUAGCAAGUGGCUAAAUGUUGAAAGGUAAGAAUACCUCUAGUCCUGUAUGGACUAGAGGUGAAAGGGCCUUGGCAGUCAGUUACAUAAGUUGCAUAUAUUUUAUUUCCAUAAAAAUAAGUGAACAAAAAUUUGUCUAGAUGCUAAUAUUCAAGACAAGAAAUAUAAGAACUGAUUAAUCACACAUCACUCUGAGAACCACCAGAAAAAAAGAACUUAUAACAUCCUCAAAGUGUUUGGGGUUUAUCUUGUUAUAUGGUAUUUUACAUUUUUGAUUAAAACAUUGUUAAGCUUCUUGGAGGUUUUGUGUGGAAUUCUUAAUCUUGAUAUUGUUGUCGUUAUUAUUUUAGAUAUUAAGAAAAUUAGAGGCAUAUUAGUUUACAUUAUGAUUUAGUUACUGACCUGAAUGUUUGACAUAUUGAUGCACAAUUUAACUGCUCAAUAUUCACUGUGGGUAUACUGUAUGUUGCAUCAACACAACUAUAGUACAACAUAACCUCAUGAAAUAGCAAAUGACCAACAUGAUGUAGAGACCAAAUUAGAUACUAAUCUAGUGUGCCUAUUGUAAUAUAUUUUGUACAGUUGGCUAUAUUUCUCUUCCAUUUUACUGGGUUUAUAUGGCAUCAGAAGGAUAAACUCAACCAGUAGUCAAUAUACUGCAGACAGUGUUUAAUAAUUUAUGCAUAUGUGGAUAUAUGAUAAAAAAAAAAAAAAA